CAGGCCCGAAAACUCGAGAGAAGGCGUGAGAAUAAGAAGAACAAGCGAGAUAGGCAGCAAAUUCGACAGACUAUAGCAAAAUGUUAUGAUGUUGACGAGUCAACCAGUAAAAUGCUUGCCAUUGAGAGACAAAUUGUUGGGCUCGACAAGCCCCAGUUCCACAUCGAUGUUCUGAGGAAAAAACAAAGGACUAUUAUGGAAAUGGUGAACAAGCGACGUGCGGUGUUGCAAACUUUGAAGGACGAAAAAGAGUUAAAGGAAUUGAAUGAGAAGUUACAUCAUUACUAUUCUGACUGCAAGAAAUUACAAGCGCUUGCCGGUGAGAUAUGUCCCUUUUUAAUUUUUCUCUUUUUCAUAUUGUUUGUUAUUCGUUGA